AUGCACAGAACGUUUGGAGGACUUUCGGCGGCCAGCAGAGCAGGCGUGUACGAUGGCAAGAUCGCCGGUCUAUACGAUCUGGAGGAAACGCUUGGAUCAGGACAUUUCGCCGUGGUGAAGCUUGCCCGCCACGUGUUCACCGGCGAGAAGGUCGCAGUGAAGGUAAUCGAAAAGACGAAACUAGACGACAUCUCACGGGCGCACCUAUUCCAGGAAGUAAGAUGCAUGAAAUUGGUCCAACACCCGAACGUAGUUCGAUUGUACGAGGUUAUUGACACACAGACUAAGCUUUACCUCAUACUCGAGCUUGGCGACGGAGGGGAUCUAUACGAUUAUAUUAUGCGGCAUGAGAAAGGGCUGUCCGAAAAUGUAGCCCGAGAGUACUUUCGACAAAUUGUGCGAGCCAUAUCCUACUGUCAUCAACUGCACGUGGUCCACAGAGAUCUAAAACCAGAAAAUGUGGUGUUCUUUGAAAAGUUGGGCGUCGUGAAACUCACCGACUUUGGAUUUAGCAACAAGUUCUGUCCGGGUCAGAAGCUGGAGACGUCCUGCGGUAGUCUGGCAUAUUCUGCCCCGGAAAUUCUACUUGGUGAUUCGUACGAUGCACCUGCAGUAGAUGUGUGGUCACUGGGUGUGAUACUGUUCAUGCUGGUAUGCGGUCAGCCUCCUUUCCAAGAGGCUAAUGAUUCUGAGACGCUUACUAUGAUCAUGGACUGCAAGUACACUAUGCCCGCUCACGUGUCGGACGGGUGUCGGAAUCUCAUCAGCGAAAUGCUCGUUCGGGAACCAGAAAAGCGAGCAACGUUACAGCAGAUUGCCCAGAACGAAUGGCUGAUGGAGGGUAGCUGCGAAGAAACGCCAGAAAACGUUCCCCUGGUUAGCCGGGAGCAGGUCAGUGAAGAGGAUCAUUCGUUGAUCAUUCAAAAGAUGAUUAAUGGUAAAAUAGCAACCAAAGAGGAAAUAUUAGAGGCUUUAGAUCGUAACGAGUACAAUCACAUAACGGCGACGUACUUCUUGCUGGCGGAGCGCAAAUUACGCGCCCAUCGACAGGAAGAAGCGCAGAAACGGAAACCGGAGCUUACGUUGCCGGUGUCGAAUUCAGCAAGGCUGCUACAAAAUUUUAAGAAAAAUGAAACAGAUGAUGAUGAAGACUCACAAGGUGGGCUUUUGUCGACUCGACUGGGCAUGCAUUUGAGUGUCCCUCGAACCCCUGGCACUGAAACCGGACAGUCUGGUCGAAGCCGUAAGUGUAGUAUCGUGCAAGAAGAGGAAGACGAUGAGGACGACGUUCACUGUGCUGGUCACGAGGAAUUGUCUACACCACUGAAUCGGCGAGGAUCACGUUCCGAAGGUCGCAUCAACGUGACGGUGCAAGAUCGAUUAGCAGAAUCCGAGCGCUUGAAGCUGGAAGCGAAAAAGUAUCAGCAAACGGAGUUAAAUCAACAACAGAGCCGUAAUGGCACCGACGAAAAGCAACAGAAAGGACCGCGAGUCUGCGCGAAAGACGAAGCGGACGGCAAUCAUCGUUCGCCGGUAACGCAAAAUGUACAAAUGUCGCCGCUGCUCGGUGGAAUAGGAAACGUAACGUUAAUUACCAGCGAAAACAGCAACACGAAGGAUCGAUUAGGAAUCGCUGGAGGUGGGCUGCAUCGCAAACCGAUGCCGGAACUGAAGCGAAACGUUGGCGGAAGCAUUGAUUCAAAGAAAUCCUCUAUACUGAAGCCGACGUUAGUGAAAAUUACGGACGGUGUCGGUGCCCGUUCGGGGUCCUUUGACCAGUGCAUGCGGGGCAUUGGUAGCGGCGGGGGCGGAGAACUAGUGACGACAAAGAUAAUCACGGAUAGUUCCACCAUAACGAUCCCGAUUCCGACGCUAAACAUUGUCACGGCAUCGACGAUACCAAAGUACAAGACGAUGCCCUCACCAACGAGAUCUAACGCGAUUCUCACCUCGACGACGAACUGCUUGAAUGAAAUCUUCGAAGAAGGUACUGACGUGGGUAGUUCGGACAGUACCAGUACGACUCCGCGACCCGUCAUCCGCAGCCAGUUUGUGGCGGCCCGGCAGCAGAGCCAACCGACAGGAAAUGGAACCGGAACCGGAGCUGGUGCUGCGACGUCAGCAUCUACGGGACAUAAUGUGCACCGGCGUAGUAAAUUUAACAAGUCCCGCACUGCGUCUUGCAGUAGCUCGGACGCAUCGGAUGAUGAUUCCGAGAAUCGGAAAAAACGUGCACAUAAAAUUGUGGACGCCACCAUUAAGCCACUUUCGCAACGACGAGACUCACACGAUGAUUCAAGUGAUUCGCAGGAUCAGGGAAGCAAUGCGGCAGCCGGUGGUGCAGGAAAGGCACAGAUUAAGGGAAUUUCGACUACUACUAAUGGCGGCACGAGUAACGGAGGAACUGGUGGUGGUGGCGGCUCUGGAGGCGGUUCAGGUGCUCAGCCUUCCUCGGGGGAUGAUAAACAUGGGUCCAAUAACAGGCAGAAAACGUCACAACAGGUCGAUUUCAGGCGGCAUCGCGGUCGAAGGAGACCUGUUGAAACGCGGUUACGCGAAAGUCAAUCGCUGAAUCGUAUUACAGAAGUCCAGGAGUCGGAGGUGAGCGCUGGACACUCGGCUACGCAACAGCUAGCAAACAGUACGGUUGUUGCUACCCCGGCAGUAGCAAUGAUUACGUCCAAUAGUCCCAAUGCUAAAUCAACGCAACCGCCGACAAACGAUGCAACAUGCACGAGUAAGUCGGAAGACACAUGUGAUAAUUCGUCACCGGAUCCAGCGCCAGAAGAAGGAAUCGAGACGAACGUUGGUACAGAGGAAGCUACCAAUCUGUCGAGCAGUGGUACGAAAACGUCUGUUUCGAAGACAGCAUCUUCCCGGCAACAUCAUCACGGUUCUACCAAACCGAAAGGGCUGAGUGCGAGGAUAUUCCAUACGUUCAAGAAGCAACCCGUGGCUUCGGCCGCGUCAGUAUCUGCUAGCUCGACUAACACAUUCGCCGAUCCACCAUCGAACGGUUCUGGAGAUGACAUUGAGAUUGUGGUUGAACUAGCCAAGGCACUCAACAAUGCAUCAGUGGAAGGUGGUAAAAGUGCUAACACGAAGAAAAUUAAAAUUCUCGGGCGUUAUUUUCAGGUGCAUAAAAAAAUUUACGUUCCACUGUCUGGUCUGUUCCAGCGAGGCCGGCUCUAUAAGGCGCAAUCGUGCGGAUCAAUUGUGCGUGACAAGGUAAACGUAAACCCGAAUGGUAGCGGUGCAGGAUCGCACUCCAACACCACCGGUCGCCAUUCGACGAUAUUUAGUGAAAAGAAUCGCAUCAUCAAAAAUUGCCUUGGUGGCAGCGGAGAUGCCGGAUCGCGGCACCUCGGAAGUGACGGUGAUAUCAAUCACAACAACGGAGGUGCCCAGCAUCACCAUCAUCACAGUAGUAGCGGGUUCCUAGCGUCGCUUUCAGCUGGCAACGCUCCGUCAACGGAGGGGCUCGUACGAGGUCCUUCACCAAUCGAGCUGGUGUCGAACGGUCGGUCUGGCAUGAUUGACCAUUCGGCUAAGGUGCUCGGUGCUACCUCCGUUACGCCACCGGUUCCCAUUAAAACGGCAUAA